AAAAUGAGUCUAUUUGAUAUAACAAAAUGAGCAUAAUUUUCGCCAAACAGAUUGUUCAAGAGCGAUUAUUUCACUAAAAAUAAAUUAUUUUAGCAAAAAUUUAGCAAUUUCAAAUUAUUUGCCCUAUAUUUUGCAACACGAGAAUACCUAAAAAUAAAAAUUGCAGAAUUGUGUCUAUCGCUUAAUUUAUCUGCUUCGGCGACUUUAAAUACUGUCCAAUUUGCCAUAUUAAAUGCUCCAAAUUUUAUGAAAUGUUAGUAACUAUUUUUUUAAAUUAAUGGAAAGUUUACAAAAUAUCUACGUUUCCCUGCAUUAACAUUGCAAUGAAAUGUCCUCCCUUCCCGACACGCCGGCAACGGAAUUCACUAAAUCACAAUCACGCGUUCAAGCCAGGGCAACAAUAGCUACGCCACCGUUGACAGGACGUUCGGCAAAAGAAGUAGAAAACUAUAUUUAUUAUUAUUUUGCCCUUCUUUUGUUCUGUUUUUUUUUCCAUUUCCCUUCCACCUCCCACGAUUUUCGAGCCGUACAAUCUUAUCUCCGUUUCGCUCGGACCCGCUCGGUUUCGUUCCGUUGUUCUUCUUUACUUUUUUUUAAAUUAUUUUUCGAUUCCGCUUCGAUUAUCCUUCUGCAUCCUGCACGAAAAGCAGCACUUUACGAAACAACACCCACAACUUUCAAGCUUUAUGUCUAGCAAACACACACACGCACACACUCAUCACAAAUAAGCUUCGCAAUGUGUUUUACGCAUUUUUUGUUCCUCGUUUCUCUUCCCGUCGCUUCUUAUCGUUCGCUCGAGCCUUGUGUAGCUUCGAUGGAAUCUGAUCCUGCGUGAUCCUUUUCCCCGGCAAUGGCAUGGCUCUUAUUGCUAGCGCGGCAGGACGUGCAGCUCCGCCGCAACCCUGACCUUCCGCUUUUGGACCAUAGUCGUAAAAGCUGGCAGUAGAACAUAAAUAAAAUUUCAAAGCAAAAUCGGCAAAAGACAAACGAAGCAGGCAGAAGAAAAUUAAAAACACACAUCAACGUGGACGUGGAAAAGCGUGGAACGGUGAACGGUGAAGAAAAUGUACGUGAAGCGGACAGAUUAAACAGAGCGAAAGGCGAGAUAAAUGCGAAUAAUCGUAAAAAAAAGGAAGAGAAGGAAAGCAUAAAAACACAUUAGCACAGCAACGCAACGCAAACCGAUAGAUUCGAUAGAGCAAGCAAGCAACCAAAGCUGUGGAAGAAGAGGCACAGAAACACGGUACGUGGUAAGGAGAAGAAACACGAAACAAUCAUAGAUUUGUAGACAGUUUGCAGGAUAGACAGUGUGUAGAAUGAAACGCGAAGGAAAAGGAAGAAGGAAAACAGUUGAAAAGUAAAUGAGGAAAAACAUGAGAACCAUGGGAAGCACUUCGGGAGAAUUUUGGAAAAAAUGUGUUCUGCACACAUCGCCGAAGAGUGUCCUUAUUGUGCGGCACAUUUGCCGAGAUGGAUGGAACCGAAUCGACGCGGCAAGGAUAAUGGACCAAACCUGGAAUGUACAGAAUCGCUUACCGAAUCUAUUUUGCUCUCUUUAUUCUAAAAUUUUUCUGGUUAAAGAUAUUUUUGGAAAAAUGUAUUUAAAGAUUGGGAUCAAGCAGACAUUUUCCUUAAAUUCUACAGGGUUUCAAUCUAUGUGAUGGAAUGUUUUAAUGACUCAGGAUUGAAUAUUUCAAGUCCGCUAUGAAGCUUUGAAAUCAUAUAAUGGAAUAUUGCAUACAGGGAGAAGAGAUUGGCAAACGCGACUGUUUUAAUAAUUUUGUGGAAUGUUUCAACUAGAUAAAGGAAUAUUACAAUAAUGUUGUGGAAAGUGGCAAUCAUACAAUGAAAUGUUGCAUUCAGUAAGGAGAAAUUCGCAACUCAGCUGUGAAACAUUGCAAUCAGCUUUGGAGGUUCUUCGGAGCGUUUGGUUCAAUCCUGCCCAAUUGAAAAAUUGCAAAAUGUCAUUGGAUUGUAAGUUAACAAUAUUAAACCCUAUCAUACAGAUACGAAUAGGGUGAAAGAGAAAAUAAUUCGAAAAUAUAUUUUUUAAUAAGAAUUUUCUCAAUUCACAGCUACUUGCUAAAUAGCACAAUAUGCUAUUUAAUAUAAGAUAGCAUAUAAGAUUCCAUUAUAUGACUGCAAAGUUCCCUCUUAUAUGAAUCAAAACCAUGUAAGGCAUUUGUUUUAAUCUCCAAUUAUACUUCUACAUGCUCAAUUUUGAAGAGGGCUUGAAAAAAGGAUAUUUUUAAUUACCACUUCUGCAGCAUAAUAUAUCGCCCCGAACCGAACCACGGCUACUCAAGCACGCACACGAGAUUAAAUAAUAAGCAGUGAGCGAGACAGCCGAGCGCUCGAAAAUUCCCAUCGAUUAAGCCCAGUGACAGAUUGAUGAGCAACAAUUGGACUGCCGCUCCCGGGCUGGCCUAGGAUUAUGUUUCACCCGUUUCGCUUUGUCUGUUCCCUCCUUAAUAAGCUCCACAUUAUCCAUCCACCGCGCACCGGGACGAUUUAUGCUGUCAGUGGAAAGUGAGACGAGUUCUGUCCCCUGCGGGGUUCGUAUUCUCUGCGCUCAUCGCAAUCAUCGCAAUGUUUGCAGCGUUGACACACACAAAACAAAAAGAAUCCUCACGCCAGGUGAGUCUAGGAAGGAAAGCGUCGAGGCACUCGAGAACGCACGAAAUGAUCAAAGACCAAGUUCGAUUACUUUAUUCAAUUUUGCUUCGUUUCAAGUUUCCACGGCACACAGAAAGGAUACGCCGUGCUAGGAAAGCGCUCGCGCGAUUUUUGUACAUUUUGCACUCCAUUAGCGUAAUGUGAUUUCUCCCUGGACAAUACGGCCACUUGCAAAUCGGAAUUCGAAAAGCAGUUACUUUACAUUACAUUUUCCACCCGCUUUUUUGUCGACGGGACGAAGAUGCUGGUGGCGCGGUCCACUUCAAUCGUAUCCUUCGCUCAUCCUUUGUGGAUUUUAUACUCUUUUCUCCUCCUUUUUUUCGACGUCAGUCGUUGUCCAGCUUUUCAUAGGAAUCAGCUCAACCGUAGCACAGCGGGAAUUAGACGCCAGCCUGUAGCGUCCCGGGGGUUUUCCUUUCAGGAGGAUUCAUUUCAAUGUGCGCAUCAGGAGUUGGCGGGAUUGGAAAUGCAUGCUCGCCAGACGUUGUACCCUUCGGCGUUAUAUUUUUUUUUUUCAAUGCUUCCAAUUGAAACACAAGCAAAUAGAAAGUGACCUAGAAAGAGGACUCGCAGGCACUUUGGAAAAGCUAUUUUCUAUUUUUAAAUUGAAAUGAUCGAAUAAGCGUUCGUUCUCACUUUCUCCCCGUCGACAGCUUCUAAUUCCAAUGCAAUCAGCGAAAUUCAUCUCCAUUCCCAGUCGCGUACGUAAUCCUGCCGGGUGAUGUAGAACCAAACCUUGGGCCAUAAUUUUCCUCCCUAACCUCACUAAACGAGAGCGUUCGGAGCGAUCCCGAACAAUAAUUCAACCUUUCCACACGGCCUAGUACAAGUUAAUUUGAUCCACCAAAUAGCCACAGCCACAGCCACGGCACAGCGAGCAGCGAAAGGCCCAAGAAACAAAUAACAACGCACCUCGCGUACGGGUCCACAUAAAUGUCACCAUCGGCCGGCUGGACACUGCAGACGGUUCGGUACAGGCGCGCUGGUAGCAACUGGUAGCAUAUUGGACGAGUUUGGAGCAGCCAGCGACAGCGUCCUCCACCGAGCGUCGUAUCGUUUUAUUUUACACACGAUCAAGCACGCCUCGCACCAGUAGAUUAAGAUACUGGUCCGGGAGCCCAGCGAUAAUGGGUGAAGAGGUGGCUCCCUUCAUUCACACCCCCCCCCCCUCCGUGCGACAUUAAACAGCUUGGAUUUAAUCGACUGGCAGGCACAAGAUACGUACCCGAGCCAGACAAACCAGCACAGGAUUUAGAAAAGAAAAUCCAAAACACACCGAAAGCUUUGGCACGGAGCGAAAGAGAACACCAAAGAGAGAUAGAGAGACAGCACCCAACAAAAGCAACAUUAGAUGCAAACACAAACACACACAUACACACACAAAAAGAGAGGGAACAUGUGAGCACAAUGAAUGUGUAAUCUGAUAUCAUUGAUAAUUUAUAUUCCGCACCGACACGCCACCAGCACACACGGCAGCCGGUACGGGAGUUACAUUAGCGUAAAAAGCGUGUUGUCCCGUGUGGACGAGGAAAUAGACGACAUCGACAGACAAUUCCACCGAACUGCAGCCAACUCAGGCCCGAUUACGGCGUUUUUGUUUUUUUAGUUGUUUUUAUUUUGGACAGCGUUGACGAAAUCACGGUCAGGGAAAUCCUCGUCGUGUGCUUUUCUUGCUCCGUUUCGCUGCCCGAUGCUGCUGUCAAGCGAACGCGACCAGCAUAUGAAUCAAGCGGGCUGUUGACUGGAUGACAGUGGCUAGAAUUGGAAGUCUGCUGUGGAUGGGAGGUCUAAGAAAGUUUCAAGUCACUAUAUUAUUGAAAGAAGUUUUUUAAAGCAGUUUCCACACUAUGGAUGAGCUUUUCAGUGAUUCUUGUGGAGCAAUGCCUGAUAAUCCCGAUGAUUUUACAAGGGUUUGAUGUAGUUAAAAGUACGAUAAAAAUUGCACAAGAAAACAUAAGGGACAUAUUAGCAUUUUGAAAGUCCUAAAUAAUCAAUCCUUGGCAAUUGGAAAUCAACGAUUUUGUUUAAAAUUCUGAGGAGCUCUUUAGGAAUUAGUUUUGAGAAAUUAUGCCUCAAACUGUACAAAAUGUAUCUUCAUCAAAUAUUCGACAAUCAGAUCAUAGCUCAGAAUACUCCAUGUAGAAAAAUGGUAAAAUCACUAGUCUAACUCUAGGCUAGCCGAUAUUCUACGCGUGAUAUACUGGUCCACCCUAAGGGCUUCGACAAAGCCAAUAUUCUCAUCACAACCCUCAAACAACCUCUAAAUAUCAUUACUGUCCUAUAGCCAACACAACCUAGAUGAGAGGCAUCCUAGACUAAUAGAGCAUUCCCAUAGCAACUAAAUUACCCAACUUCUUCCCGGGUGUCUACUGUUGAAAACUUAUUGCCACUUAUCGUGCUGCUGUCCUUCGGCUAAACCCUAACUGCUUGAAGUUUGAUUUACAUCUCAAGCUGAUCGCGUACCGGGAAGAAACGCGACCCCAAACUACACAUAGCCACUCGGACAAUCCACUUUGGACGAUGGACGUACCACACGCACUGCAACCUCCAGUGCCCCCAUCCACCCCGAACCCAUACGCUCGCACCAGAGGCAGAUGAACUUUAAAUUUGUCCGCCUAUUGAUUGAUUGACGGCGGAGCAAAUCUAGAGCAACAACUCCAAUAGACCUCCCGGGCCAGCGUGUGCGAGAUGAUUCUGUUACGCACCCAGACGCUCAGGUGCGCCGUUCCACCUGGACGGGUGGUGUCCAAUGUCAGUGACGUUCGCGAUUGUGUCGAUUAUGAUGUUACUCCGCGUGCUCCAACCACCGCCCAACGUGCCGUUUAAUCUGUCAGAUUUCAUUUCUCUUCAUGACUGGUUUCUUUCUGCCCCUUUCUUCGGCCCCGUACAUGUCCACUGCUGCUACAGUACACCCGAGACGACAUCUGAGACAUCGGGACAACCGGGUUCGCUGACAAUGUUGUGCCGUCGCAUGCGACUGACCGAGCGCCAUCUUCAACCGCCGAGAGAACCACUGGAAGGACCGAUCGUACGACCAUGUACGGCACGGAAACUGAUGAACCUGGACACUGCCACCAGCAACACCACCUCCAACGCCAACGCCACAACCACCACCACCACCAACAACAUUGGCAACAGCUCCGCUCACACAAUCAUCACCAUUCCUACGGGCGACGAUGCCGGGACGAAUUGCGAGGGUCAACCGUUUUCACCACGUGGGAGGAAACACACCGAAGGGCCCAAAACGCCUCUGAUGAUUGUUAAUUUGAACAUCCCGCCCGGUACGGAAACGUUGGCACCGAAAAGCGCAUCCCGCUCGGAACGUCACAAGCUUCCCCACUUCUGCAUGCAGUAUCGCAACUUCGGACGGUACUGCUCCGCACCGCCUGGAUGUUCACCCGGGCAUGGGUCCGGAGUUCCGGCCGGUGUCGUAGGGACAUCGGGCCCCGCCAGUGGUCUCAUCCCUCAGAUAUUCAUCCAAAGCUUCGAGCUGCAGGAUCGCCGGGCAGCGGACGGACCGGGAGGAUCGGCGGAGCACGAUCAGCAGCAGGGAAGCCAGCAGUACAACAUCAUUACCGAGAACGAGGAGGAUACGUUCGCGACACUACUGUUGGACAACAUCUCCAACAUUUCGCUCGAGAUGAUACAGCGCCAUCAGCAGAAGCUGCUCGGUACGACGGCGUCCUCCAUUACGGAGAGUCCGCUCGUCACAGGAGCUACGGGUGGUAGUGCGACCUGUUUCCAGCACGUGGAAGGUUGCAGCAGUAUGGAGCGUACGGAGAGCAAGACAUCCACCGACGUGCUAUUGCCCCUGGACGGCACGAGGAUGGAUUCGCACGAGGAACGUGAUCGACAGCCAAGCAGAGGACAGUCUGCAUCGGGGCCGGCUUCCGCCGACCGGCUAGCAGUUGGGCAGGAAAGCAUGGAUGAUCAGAACCCAGACAUCCCGGCAGGUUACCGAUCACUCUGCUACAGGACGCCAAGCCCCAAGACGCGUCAGAUCAUUCGGGUGGACAUAGUUACCAGCAGGGAAAAGUAUUGAAGUCUCGCAGUACAGUAGAUGACAUCGUUGGUGAUUGCUUUAAUCGUUGAAAGAUGCGAAAAAUAUUGAAUAAACCUCGUUUAGACGGUAAAAUCCCUAAGAUUCGCCUA